AUGAAGAUCAAGGAUUCGAGGAAACUGAAGUGGCCUUCGAGAUUGCAGUCUCCCCCCGAUACUCGUGACAGGAGUAUGUACUGUGAUUUCCAUCGAGAUCAUGGAUAUACAACGGAAGACUGUUUGGCCUUGAAACGGGAGAUUGAAGUUCUUAUAAAAAGGGGAUUUUUGGGCUCUUACGUUAACGAUGACAAGUGCCCAAGGAAUAAUCAAAACAGAGACAAGGGCCCAGAGGGUUGGAGAAAUAAGCAACCAACUGCAGGUACUAUCAAUAUCAUUAUCGGAGGAACAACCUCGGGGGAAGAUUCUAGUAGCGGACGUAAACAAUAUGCCAGGCAACCUCCAAUCAUCUCAAGAUUAGAUCUUGCAUGUACAGAGGACAUCACUUUUGGAAUGGAGGACUUAGAAGGUAUAACAUUCCCUUAUGAUGAUGCUCUGGUCAUAUCGGCCAUCCUCGCUAACUUUGAAGUCAGGAAAAUUCUUAUAGACAACAAAAGUACAGCUAACGUACCGUCUCAUGAAGCCUUUGUUCAAAUAGUGAUCUCAUCGGAGCAACUCAAGCCAGUCAAAACACCCCUCCAAGGAUUUGGAGGUGGGGUCAUCACCCCAGAAGGUAUUGUUGGGCUGCCUUUAACAUUGGGGGCAGAAGGCAAACAAGUGAAGCAGAUCACCACCUUUGAAGUUUUCCAUACUCCAAUGGCCUACAACGCCAUAUUGGGAAGACCAUUGCUCAAUAGAAUUCGAGCUAUUGUCUCAACUUUUCACUUGGCAAUGAAAUUCCUACAAGUAAUGGAAUCGGGGUAG